AUGUCCAAAAACCCUAUACAAUUUGUAUCACUAAUAUCGAGAGAUGAUAAACCACUAUAUAUACAAUCAUUCCUACCUGAAUCCAUAGAUCAAGAAUCAAAUACAAAUUUAAAUACAACUUCAAAUACAACAUCAAACACAACAUCAACAUCAAAUAUAAAUAAAUUCUUAAAAUUCAAUUUCUUUAGUCAUAUAGCAGUGGAUAUAUUUAGUUCACCAACAUCAUUAUUAUUAAGAGAACAACAACAACAAACAAUAAAUAGUUCAAAACUGAUAAAUAAUAAUGAUGGUAUUUUACUUCUAUUUAUUCAAGAACAAGUUAUAGUAUAUGGAUAUGAAUCAAGUAAUGGACUAAAAAUAAUUGUUGGAAUUGAUCAAUCAAUAAGUAUAAAUCAUGAUCAAUUAAAUCAAUUUAUUAAAAAUAUUUAUAAAUUAUAUUUAAAAAUUAUUUGUAAUCCCUUCCGGAAUUUUAAAGAUAAUUAUGAUUUUGAUGAUGAUAGAUAUAAUAAUAAUAAUAAUGAUGAUUUAUUAAAUUCUCCAAAAUUUAAUGAUGGUGUAAAGAAAUUAGUAGAUGGAUUUGUGAAGAGAUAA